AUGUUCCGAGGCAACAGAGGCCAGAACUUCGGGCCUCCCAUGGAUCCCUAUCACGGCUCUAACAACCCCAAUUACGGCCCCGGAUACGGCCCUGGGUAUGGCCCUGGGUACGGCAACACAUACAUCUACAACGAGGAUAGAGGCUAUGGUUGCAACAACUGUGGCCGCCUCCGAUGCAGAGGCUGCAGCGGCUUCGGAUUCGGCCGGCGUGGUCGAGUCGGCUUGAUCGGCGGCCUCAUCGGCCUUGUCGCUGACCAUCAGAACAACAAGCACGAGCAGCGGCAGAUGGACGCCGACAGACGCAUGGAGCGGGAUAUGCAGUGGGGAUCUCCACAAGGGUAUGCGUCUGGACGUGAGCCCGGCCGCGACGGUGGUCGAGGUGUUUCGGGCCCAGGCCAGAACGACCGACAGCCGCCGCGCGACGACAGAAGAUCUCGCGACGUGAGACCGGACGACAGGAGUGACAGUGAGGAAGAGCUUGACGGGUAUGGAAACGGAGCUGCCCGCGAUUACUACGAGAAGCCUCGUCGGAAUGUGCAAGAGCAAGGGCGACGAGAUGGUCAGGAACAGCGCGGGUGCGAGCAACGAAGGGAUGCUCGGCUACCUUCCUACCAGGCUGCGAUGGAUGAGAAGAACUAG